UUCUGACCCAAACACUGCGGUGCCACCCCUCCAUAAUGUUCUCCCCAUCACCCCAAACCCUCGGCAUUGUCGUUGCUGUCUUUGUGCUAGGCGCUCUUCUCAUCCGCCGCACCCUCCUCCCCAAGCCCAUCCCCGGCAUCGUCUACCGCGAAGCCAACGCCAAAAAGAUCCUCGGCAACGCCUGGGAACUCUUACAAUGGAAGAAGAAGCACGGCGAAAUGUUUGGCUACCUCGCCAAUCUCGCCGUCGAACUCAAUGAGCCCGUCUUUCAGAUCUUUGUACACCCGCUCGGCAAGCCAUGGGUUAUCGUGGCAGAUAAUCGCGAGGCUUUUGAUAUCUUGUCGAGACGCACACCGAAGGAGUUUGAUCGUUCUAGAUUCUUGAGGAGUUUGUUCAUGCCGCUUGUGCCGGAGUUUCACUUCCAUAUGCCAACUGGCGAUCGGUGGAAAGCCCAUCGGAAGCUUGUUGCCGAUACCAUGUCUCCUGCGUUCUUGGGCGGUGUCGCUGGACCGCAGAUGUGGAAGUCGACUAUGAAACUCAUUGAUCUUUGGCGAGUUAAAGAGAGAUUGGCUAAAGGUCGUCCGUUUUCUGUCUCGACGGAUAUUCGCAAGGCUGCGUUCGAGAUCAUAUGGGCUGCUACCUUUGGCUUUGACUCAGGCUCGACAAAUGCCCAGACUGAGCUACUCGAGACACUGCCUGAAUUCACCAACCUCGGCGAUAUGGACCACGAAGUCGAAUUUCCCGUUGCACCGGACCCUCCCGUGUUCAAAGCCGGCCUUGCACUCAACGACGCCAUGAACAUUGGUGUACAAUCGCUUGUACCUGGGUUGCAUUUGUGGUUGGCAUACAACCUAAUGCCGUCGCUCCGGGCAGCCCGAAACCUCAAAGAAGCCGUUAUCCAAGACGAAAUUAAAAAGGCCAUCAAUAAAUUCUCUAACCAGACUGAUCUCAAUUGGGAGGACCAAGGCAAUCUGAAGCGACACAUGAAAAGUGCAGUCGACAUUGUCAUCGCCCGAGAGAUUGACAGCGCGCGGAAAGAAGGCCGUACACCCGAGUUGAUGAGUCGUACCGUCCAAGAUGAACUGUUUAGUUUCAUGCUUGCUGGAAACGAGAUCUUCACUUUGACGGCGUGGACUCUCAAGUUUCUCACUACGCACCAAGAUGUUCAGAAGAAGGUCCGCGAUGAACUCAGGGAACAAUGCGGUGCUGCUGUUGAGAGGGGCGACGCGCCCACUGUUUCGGAGAUCAUGUCUGCUCGACUUCCCUACUUUGAGGCUAUGAUUGAGGAGUCUACGCGAUGUGGUUCAGUUACUCAAACGAAUAUUCGCACGACGAUGCAGGAUGUUAAUAUUCUGGGUCACAUGGUUCCGAAGCACACUGAGAUAUUGAUGUUGAACAAUGGACCUGGAAGUUUUAUGCCGUCAUUGUCCGUUGACGAGAAGAAGAGAUCGGAAAGUUCGAAGGGAACAGCUGGUAAGAUUGGACAGUGGGAUGUCAAGGGAAUGAGAGACUUUGAUCCGGAGAGAUGGCUCGUCAAGGAUGAAGAGGGUCGGUUGACGUUUAAUCCCUCUGCUGGACCACGACAUUCUUUCGGUGCUGGUCCCAGGGCGUGUUUCGGUCGUAAGUGGGCUGCGCUGGAGGUCAAGAUCAUGAUUGCGCUUAUUGUUUGGCAUUUCAAUCUGGAGCCGACGCCAAAGCCAUUGUCGAGCUUCAAACCGUUCCCUGGUGUUGCGCAUAGGCCGGAGAUGAUCUACUUGCGUUUAUCGACAGUUUAGGAGGA